AUGUUGUCCUCGGACGAACCACUAGACCUGAAGCUUCCCUCAGGGCGGACGCGUUGUCCCCUCCGACUGGGAAAAAGAAGCUCAUCGUCCAUCUGCGCGCCGCUCGGCGCCCACUCGAGACCGCGGCUUAUUUACACCACGUACCCGUCGCCGCCCUCCUCGCCAGACUCCCAAUCCCCAUGUCACGAGCGCCCCGGACCCUGCUUCACCCCGCCAGCCAUGGACCUUAGCCUGUCACCUUCCUCCCGACAUGCACCCUCCCUAUCCCCCUCACCUUCGUCCCCUUCCCCUUCGUCCCCCUCAUCCCCCCGGAGCGGCGCUAGCCCUCGUCCACACCACUUCUCACAGGAGGCAGUGCUGCAAAGAGCGGAGAGUGACGCGUCCCCUCAGCGCUAUCCUUUUUAUCUGCCCAUCUCGAGCCCACCGCUGGGGUACGGCUUUCCGGCAUCUGUUUUCGGCGGCCAGAAGAGGGACAAGCAAGUUUCACCCGAGCCCUCAUUGGAUGCUCGGCUCGCGUGCCGCUGGAUUAAGUGCCACCUGCUGUUUGAAUCGCUGCAGGACUUGGUGGACCACAUCAACGACGCCCAUGUCAAACCGGAAAAGGAUUCGGGCUACUGCUGCAAGUGGCAGGGUUGCGCGCGCAACGGGCGGGGCUUCAACGCCAGGUAUAAAAUGCUGAUCCACAUCCGUACGCACACCAACGAGAAGCCGCAUCACUGUCCCACUUGCAACAAGAGUUUCUCCCGUCUAGAGAACCUGAAGAUCCACACGCGUUCACAUACAGGAGAGAAGCCGUACAUCUGCCCGUACGAAGGCUGCAGCAAACGCUACUCCAACUCCAGCGACCGCUUCAAGCACACCCGAACGCACUACGUGGACAAGCCCUACUGUUGUAAGAUGGCCGGCUGCCUGAAGCGCUACACAGACCCCAGCUCUUUACGCAAGCACAUCAAAGCGCACGGGCACUUUGUAAGUCAGGAGCCGGGCGUCGCCCCCAAGCCCAAGGUUGUGGCCGACCUCCCUUCCGCGGGGGGCACCCGGCUUGUGCACCCGGCGGCCGCCGCCGCGGCCCUACUGGGCGGCUUGGGGACCACGCUGCCCCUGUCGGCGUUGUGUCACCCCCGUGCGCCGCUCUUCUCCGUGGGAAGGGGACCCCUGGGUCCGCUCGGCCUGGCUGAUUCGCCACUUUUUCAUUUUGGACUUUCGGCAGCGUCUGUAUUGGGGCUGAGCGCUCUUGGGAGGCUGGCCGAGAGUGACGAGGGAGGCGCAGACGCUGAGGGGGAGGUAUUAAACCUGUCUGCGGGGACGCCCAGACUGAGGGAUCCACUGUCCUGGGUAGUUGUCCCACCGAGGGGGCUCCUGCUCAAACCAGCUGUUGUCAGCUAG